UCCGAGGAUCGCAAGCGUGUGAGAUGGGAAGACACCCGCCAGCCCGUACCCAACAACCCCAAGCGUUUCGACUCGUCUCGCUGUGUCCUGGGCUGCGAGGGUUUCAGCAUGGGGAGGCAUUACUGGGAGGUGGAGGUGGGCGAUGGGGAAGCCUGGGCUGUCGGGGUGGCCAAGGAGUCGGUGAGGAGGAAGGGACGGAUCAGCGUCAACCCCGAGGUGGGGAUCUGGGCGGUGGGGCAGUGUGGGAGCCAGUACCAGGCUCUCACCUCUCCUACCAUCCCCAUCUCCCUGCUCGCUGCCCCCAAAGUGAUUGGGAUUUACCUGGACUAUGAGGCGGGGCGAGUGGCCUUCUUCGACUCCAAUAAUGAGGCACCGAUCUUCACCUACCCCCCAACAUCCUUUGCGGGGGAGCAAAUCCUCCCCCUGCUUUGCCUGGGGAGAGGGUGCCAGUUCACACUCUUGCCCUGAUGCCCCCCCCACCACCACCAUGGGACAGCAUCUGCUCCAGUCUCACUCGCUCGGGUCUGGGGAGACCGCAGGGGCUCAUCGCCCCCGAGAUGCCUUUUGGGAGCCUGAAGAAUGAGCUGUCCAGGAUGGAAAAUUCUCUUUUCUGAUCAUUUAUGUCAGCAAGAAGCAUUGGUUGGUUCAGAGCUUGUGGAGCACGGGGGCUGCUUUGCUGCCCCCCCAAAAUGCGUUGCUCUGUCAUCGGGUGGCUUUGCCCGCGACGCUGCCCUGGUGCAUCCAUGCCCAUAAACCCCUUCCAAAAACCUCUCUGUUGGAGGAGAGGAUUAGAACUAAGCCAAAUAUGCACGGAUCCGGCUCUUCUCCCUCCAUCCUCUCCAG